CAAAGUUAGUUCAACAGCCUUCUGAGGUCUGCCCAUCUCAAUGUUUUUCACUGUGGUUGCCAUGAGACUUGGACAAUUGCUUUGUUUUUCAGCAAAACUCUGAACUAGUUCUUCUGCCACAAAGUCCAGAGAGAACAGGAGAGUGUGAGCAGCUGAAGUGAGAAGAUAAACUAUCCUGUCAUCAAACAACAGUUUGUCAAGGAUCUUGAGGCGCAAGAUGAAUUCAUAUGAGGAAAAACUUUCAUCCUUGUUUGAGAUUUUCCAGGCUAUAUUGAAAAAUACAGGCAUGAAUGCAGAUCCCGGUAAACUUUUCAAUAUAGCAAUCAAGAUAUAUGAUAUGUUUAUGGAGGCUUUCAGUGAUGGUGGAAUGAAGGAAGCAGCUUCAGAAGUCAAAAAGGAGCUGGAGGAGUUGGAAAACACUGAGCUUCACAUUGCCAUCACUGGAGAGACGGGCUCUGGGAAAUCAUCCCUCAUCAAUGCUCUGCGAGGCCUGAAGGCAGAAGAUGAUGGUGCCGCCCCUGUAGGAGUGACAGUAACUACACUAGAUUCCAAGUCUUAUCCGCAUCCUAACUAUCCCAAAAUGAAAUUCUGGGACCUGCCAGGAAUUGGAUCCCCAGAUUUUUCACCAGACAGUUACCUUAAGAAGGUGGAUUUCCCCCGCUAUGACUUCUUUAUCAUUGUUGGCUCAGAAAGAUUCCGAUCCAACCACAUUGACCUAGCUCAGGCGAUCCAGAAGAUGGAGAAGAAGUGUUAUUUUGUGCGCUCCAAAGUAGAUUCAGAUCUAUACAACAUGGAAAGGUCUUAUCCAAAUACCUUCAAUGCAGAGGAAGUCCUUGAAAAGAUGAGGAAUGACUUCAAGAAGCAGCUUAGGAAGUGCUUCAGGAACACCAUCCCUCAAGUCUUUUUGAUCUCCUCCUGGGACCUUGACAAGUAUGACUUCCCCCAACUGGUGGAGACCUUGGAGAAAGAUCUGCCCAGCCUGAAGAGACUUGCAUUCCUGCUCAGCCUUCCCAUGUUUUCCCCUGAAUUCAAGGAAAAGAAGAAAUCUGCGCUGAAGAGCCACCUGUGGAAAAUAUCCCUGGCAUCUGCUGGCAUCAAUGCUAUUCACAUUCCAAACCUUCCUCUGGCUUGUGAUGUUGCCCUCUUGCUUGGGUCCAUGGUUGCCUUCUACAAGAUGUUUGAGCUGGAUGAUGGCUCCUUAGCUAGGCGGGCCAGAUUGGCCAGGAAGCCUGUUGAAGAACUGAAGGCCGUGAUGAAGUCUCCUCAGAUGAUAGAAAUUACCAUCGAUCUGGUUAUAAAGAAAAUAACUGAUUAUGCAAAAGAAUUAUUCCCGCCUUCACUAAUUAGAAGCUUGGUAGCAGCAGGGGUGUCUUUUGUCAUCACUUAUUGGAUGCUGUCAAGCUUCCUGGAUAAUCUAGCUGAGGAUGCUGAAAGGGUUCGAAAGAAAGCCCUGGAACCCAUAGCCCUAGGCAGAGCAGCCUUCCCAAGACCAAAAGAGUGUGAGGACGGCCUCUCCGUAUGAACCUACAGCGAUUCA